GGUGAACAUUGCACUGGAGCUGGUCUCCAUCACUGACUGGGAUUUUUCUUUUGGCUUGGAAAGACCCUGCAGGCUGGGGUACAGUGGCCUUAUUGUGGGAUUCUAUUUGCUGAGAUCAUAUUUUCAUCUUUUCCUGCGGCUGGCGGUGCAGGUUCAACCAGGGCUGGGCAUCCUGAAAGUUUUAAACCAGAGGAAUCAGGAUUUACUCUGCAAACUCCGACAUCAUCCCACAGGCUAAGUGUGAGGCUAUGUCCCAGGCAGCUGUCUCUAAGCGAACAGACCACACCAUCACCAGCGGGGUCAUGGAGGAAUCUGAGGUCUGUUCUCUGCCUGGGGGACCUACAAGAAUGAGGAAACACAUUCAUACCCAGGAAGCUGCAACAUCACACAGUGAAAUGUCAAUCUCUGAGGUAACGGUGUCAAGUGGCAGCAGGCAGGUUGUUCCAGGCAGUCAGCAGCUAAAUUUCCAAGAAACUAUGGAGACAUACAGUGACAACAACUUGGCAUCCAGUUAUGAAAACCAGCAGAAUGAAACAGAAGAAGAGUUUCCCAGGUACACAGCAAAAGAGCUGAGGGAUCACUUUGAAAGAACAAUAGAAGAGGCUGCUGCACAAAAACCAAUUAAGAUUGGACCUGACAUCAGUCAGUCAAAGUGGUCUUCAAACGUGAAUCAAAGCAACAAGUUGACUAUUGAGGUGUGUAAGGAAUUCGCUACAGAGUCAACAGAAGCCACAGUGAUGGAUUAUGAGGACUUUCCACCCCCUCCAGCUGAGGAUUCUGAGGAUCUUCCACCUCCUAAUUCAGAGUUAUUACAAAUGCCAUCAGACAGUGAAAAUAUUCCAGUGAGCCAUCCCUCACAUGAGCCUCCGGAGCCAGUAAACAAACAACCACUCAACCAAGAAGCUUAUUUCAAGCAGAAGGGUAUGUCUGAGCUGAAACGUCUAUACAAACACAUUCAUCCCGAGGUUCGUAAGAAUAUUGAAAAAGAGUUUUACAGUGAAUACACUGAAACAGAUAACCAGGAAGAGAGCCAAGUGUACACGUAUGAGGACAAUGAUGAUAGUCAGGAUGACAUUUAUGAUGAGGAAUAUGAGGAAUGGGAGGAGAUACUCCCUGGGGAGGUGCAAGCAAUGCGUUGGAUGUUUGAAAAUAAACCACUGGAUGCUAUUAAGGAUGAAACUCUUGAUGAGGAUGAAGAUGACAAGAAAAUUACUCAACAGGAAAUAAUUGUGGGUAAAGAUGUGAGACGCACAGCAUGGAUGUUUGAGUCCAAGCCAAUAGGUGAGCUAGGCUCAAUGAACACCAACUCAAUGGAAUAUAAAAACAAAUUUAACAAAAUUGACAAGGGGGAUGUUCGUGCCGCAGCAUGGUUGUUUGAAACCCAAACCAUGGACACUCUAAACAAGAUGCACAAGGAGGAAGAUUUGACAAAAGAGAUUGUGUUUACUGAAGAGGAUGAAAAUGCUUCAAUUUACAUGAUUGACAAUAAGUUAAUGGAAAGCCUGGGGCACAUGGAGACUAUUGAUGAGAGCCACCUACUGAGCCUACAUUCAGUGUUGGAAGAAAUAAACGGAGAAAUUAAAAUUAUAACAAGCACUUUUGACACUCAGUUUAAAUGUGUCAUCAUGGGACAGUCAAGCCAGAUGCUGGAAAUAAAGUCUGUGCGCAAAAUUGAAACUGAACUGGAGAACUCUAUUGCUUCACGUUGGCUUUUUGACACCCAGCCGCUGGACCUGACAAACAAAGAAUUCACUCCUUUUAAACUUGUGUGCAGUUUGUCUAUGGAGGAUAGCAGCAAGGGAGAUUGGGGCAGAUGGUUGUUUGAGAUAAAGACAUUAAAUUCUCUCAAUGAGUGGCAAAGUUUACAAAUGGAGAAGAAAGAUAUCAUCGGAGCGGAUGUGCGCAAGCACCGCUUAAUCUUCGAAAGACAACCAAAAGACUCUCCAAUGGAUGUGAGACCUGAGUCUAUUGAAGAGAUUAUUGGAGGAAAUGUUAGAUCUGCAAGGGAUUUUUUUGAAAGCAGCCCUCAAAGAGUUAGGAAGAACUGCACUGAGGUUGGAAAACUUAAAAAGGCAGCAGUAAACAAAGAAAUGAAAGGGGAUGUGAGACACCAGAAGUGGCGCUUUGAGAGCCAGCCGUUAGAACAAAUAAGAGAAGAGAAAAAAGAUGUAAUUCGUACUGUUAAUCUUGAAGAUGACCUCAUGCAAGAGGAUGGAACGAGUUGCAGGGCAGAUGUUCGUAGGAACUGUUGGGUCUUUGAGACGCAACCAAUGGAUACAUUAAAAGACGACUCAAAUACUCGCUCUUUGACAAAAGAAAAAAUUAUUGCCGGUAACGUGAGAUCAGCCAGAGAAUAUUUUGAAAUGAAUCCAAGUGAGGACCUGAGGGAGUUGGCCGAGGUGGGCAAAUUAAAAAAGACCCUACCACUUAAUGAGGAGAAGGGUGAUGUGAGACAUCAGAAAUGGCUAUUUGAAAGCCAACCGCUGGAACAAAUUAGAGAGGAAAAGAAAGAACUAAAACGAACAAUUGACCUGGAGGAAAUUGAUAAAGUGGAUGUGUCAAACUACAAGCAAAUCUUUGAGUGCACUGACUUAAACAUUAGUAAGGAAUCUCAAAUGAUUGAAAUAGAAGGUGUGACAUCUGGUUCAGUCCAGUCAAAUAAGAACCUGUUUGAGUCAUCUGCAUUGUAUGCCAUGCAAGACAGUUUAGGCCACUUCCAUGAGGUGAAAACAGUGCGGCGUGAGGAGGUCGUUAAAGGAGACGUAACAACCUACAAAUGGAUGUUUGAAACACGACCAAUAGAUCAGUUUGAUGACAGCAUUGAAAAAUACCAAAUUAUUAAGGGCAUAUCAAAACAGGAAGUCGAGUCCGGCGAUGUCAAGACUGCAAAGUGGCUGUUUGAAACACAGCCUCUUGAUGCAAUCAAGUACUUCAGCAAUAUUGAAGAUGAAGAAACUGUGGAGACAGGUAAAAACCUCGAUGAUGUGAGGGGGGAUGUAAAAACUUGCAAGUGGCUAUUUGAAACAAAGCCAAUGGACAUCUUAUAUGAAAAAGUGGAGCUAAAAGAUGAGAAUGAAUUUGUGGAAAUACGUAAGGGAGAUGUCAAAACAUGCACAUGGCUGUUUGAGACACAAACACUUGAUUCCAUCCAUGAUGAAACGGAAACUGUUUUGAAGACACGCAGUUUAAAUCAAGAGGACAUUAGAGGAAAAGAUGUGAAAAUGGCUUGCUUUCUCUUUGAGACAGAAAACCUUGAGAACCUGACUUGGGAGGAAAACCGGUCUUAUAAGCAUGUCACAGAGAUAAACAUUGCAUCUGGAGAUGUGUCAAGAAAAAAGUAUAUUUUUGAGAACAAGACAUCAGAUAUCAUGACGUCUUCUUCUGAGGUAGAAAUGCAAAAACUCAAGAGAGUUCAGACUGAGGACAUACAAAAAGGAAAUGUUGUGAACUGCAAAUGGCUAUUUGAAAACCAGUCCAUUGACCAAAUACAUGACAGCCAAGAGGAAUAUAUGAGCAGUCAGACAGUUAACGACGUACAACGAGGAGAUGUCAAUAAGGGUCGGUUUAUUUUCGAGACAUAUUCCUUAGAUAAAAUCUAUGAGUCUUCCUCUGAGACAGAAACGACAAAAACACCCAAAAUCAUCUGCAAUGAGGAAGAGAAGGGUGAUGUGAGAAAUUACACAAUGAUGUUUGAAACGCAGCCCCUUUAUGCCAUACAGGACAAAGAGGGCCACUAUCACGAGGUCACCACUGUCACAAGUGAGGAGGUGAAGAAGGGAGAUGUUGUCGGGACCCGGUGGUUGUUUGAAACAAAGCCGCUUGAUGCAAUUAAAGACACAGAUGAGGUCUAUAUCAUCAAAUCUGUAACACAACAGGAUGUGCAAAAAGGAGACGUCACAUCUGCCAAAUGGAAAUUUGAGACCCAGCCUCUUGAUAGGAUUGCCGAAGAGAAAAAGUCUUUAAUAAAAACCGUAGAAGACAUUCAAGGAGGCAACAUUAGAGUGAAUAAACAGCUUUUCGAAACCGACACCUUCUCAGAAGGAUCUGUUCGGACUGUUAAUGUGAGUGAAAUACAAAGAGGUGAUGUCAGGUCUGCAAAGUGGAGGUUUGAAACCCAGUCCAUUGACAAAAUAAGAAGCAUGAGCUCUGAAAAUCUAAUUGAAACUGUUAAAACGGAGGAGGUUGCUAAGGGAGAUGUUAAACAUUCAGUCUGGCUUUUUGAGAAAAAUCCUCUUGACCAUAUCAAAGAAAUAGAUGAGGACGAGAACAUAUCUGUUGCUCAAGAGGAAAUUCCCAAAGCGGAUGUAAAAACAACAACAUGGUUCUUUGAAACAACACCAUUUGACGGCUUCAGUGAGGCUAAGGUAGAAAAGACUGAAAUAUUGGGAAAAAGCAUCAAGGGAACUCUUGAGGAACUUUACAGUCAGAAAAUGGUGAAUUCAAGGGGAAUACUAAUUGAGGCUGAUGAAAUUGGCGAUGUAAGGAUGGCAAAAUACCAGCUAAUGAAUAAGCAGACUCCAGAGAUUCAGAGAGAGGAAAUUAUCAGGGGGGAUCUGCAGACUAUUAUGAUGAACCUUCUGAAUAGAAAGGAAAGAAAGGAGCAGAAAAUUGUGAUAGAUUCAGAGGAGAAGGGAAACAUCAGUUCAACAGUGGAGCAACUAUUCAGCCAAGACAGAGAAAGCAAUAUUGAAAAGGAGGAAAUACUGCAUGGUGACAUUCAAGAAUCAAUCAACAACCUCUUCGGUGAGAGCGGAUCAGCAAAACAGGGUAUACUCAUUCAGGAGGAUGAAAAAGGAGAUAUUCAGAUGACAUUAUAUUCUCUUCUGCAUAAAAACCAGAAUGCUAAUGUCGAAAAGGAAGACGUCCUAAAAGGGGAUAUAAAAAGUGCUCUUGAAAGGCUGUCCAGCUCAGAAAAGUCAGACCAGGCAGUGAAGAUAAAGAUAGAUGAUGCCGAAAGAGGAAAUGUCCAUUUUUACUCGACAUGCAUUGAAUCUGGAGCUCUUGAUUAUCUCAAACAGUUCCAGUUAGACCCUGAUGAAACUCCAGAUGACACAGCUAAAAAGGAGACGAUCAUUGGAGGCAACAUUAAGAGCACCAAAUCUAUCCUUGGCCAACAUCAAUUGCAAAUUGAACGCACAGUAGAGGAUGUUAUACCAGGAGAUGUUCACAAUGCAUUAAAAGUUUUCACGUCAGAACCAACUGUCUCACUGGGAAGGAUCCAAAAGGAGGAGAUAGUCAAAGGAGACUUAAAAGCCGCUUUGAGUUUGUUGUCUGAAUCAGCGAAUCAGACAUUGGUUGUGGAAAAAGAGGAGGUCGUAAAAGGCAAUAUCCCUAAAGCUCUGCAGAGUUUGGAGAGGGCUCAGAGGCGCAACAAAGAGGUGGAGAAGCCAGAUAUUAUUCCAGGAAAUAUCAGGAGGGCUCUAAGAUCUCUUCAGAAAUCAGCUACCUCGGGAGCUGGAGCUCUUGUUGUUGAGGAUUUAGUUCCUGGAGAUGUGAAAGCUACCCUUAAAUCUCUGGAGCUGGCAAAGCAAGCAGUGAGGGAAGUUGAAAAGGAAGAAAUUGUGCGAGGUGAUAUUUAUAUGGCAAUGCAAAGUCUACAAGAUGCCUCCAGUGAGAGGAAAAUAUGCCAGCAGGAAAUAGAUGUUCAAGGUGAUGUCAAAGGGACAAUUCAGCUCUUCAUGGAGCCCCCACAAUCGCCAAGGACCCAACAGAAAUUCAGCCUUGAAGACGAUAUAAAGGUUGAUGUAAAAAUGUCAAUCAAGUCAUUAUAUGAGACGCAGGAGCAAACCCAACAUGAGAAAGAGGAAGUGAUAAAGGGUGAUGUUAAAGGCACAAUCAAAUCACUGAUGGAAACAGCACAGCGGGAAACUCCCAAAGUCAAGCAUGGAGCAUAUAAAAGGGUUAAAGUCAAGCAGGGCUCUCCUGUGAAAAACGUUAAACCAGAUGCCCAGAGGAACAUACAAAAGAUAAAAACAGCAAAACAGGUUGAAACAUCUAAGGAAAAUCACACCAUCACUAAUCAAUCAGAUAAUGUUAGAAUAAAGACAUCAACAGUGGUGGAGCACAAAACCAUUACCCAAAACCAUGGCAUAAAAACAUUAAAAACAGAGUUUCGUAAUCUUAAAUCUAACCAAAAGGGGUUGACAAAACUGUGUAAAACCAAAGUAAAAACUGGAAAUUACAUGUUAAAGCCACAAGCACCAGAGCCUGAUCUGCCUCUACCACCGCCACCUCCACCUGUUACGGAACCUGAUCUUCUUCCUCCUCCUCCCAGUCCUCUUCCACCAACUGCUGAUACUGACACUGAUCACCUUCCUCCCCCACCACCUCCACUUACUGGUGAGCAAGACUUCCUCCCACCUCCUCCACCUCAACGAGAACUGGAGAGUAUAGCAGCGCAGGCAGUUCCUCCUUCUCCAUCCAUAGCAAAAAGAAUGACAGUCAAAAAAGUGAAAGCUCCUGCUUUGCACCCAGUUCCAAAGUUGGAGUCUAAAGUUGAAUUCAGUAAUAAGCAGCAGGUGCAGGCAAAAACUGAGAAAACUGUGCAGAUGAUCCAAAAUGAAACAGAAACAAUAAUGCACAUGUCAAAAAACGUCUCCCAUGAAAUCCCUCCUCCUUCCUCGCACUCCCCUAGACCACUGAAGAAGGUCCACAUAGCUCCUAUGAAAUUUACCCCACCACCAUCUCCACCUCCACCAGCAGAAUCACCACUACUGUUAAAGAAAGUUUACAUUGCUCCAGUAAAGUUUACUCCACCACCUUCUCCUCCACCUGUCAUGAGAGGGAAAGCUAGUAAAUUCAACACACCAUUAAUGAAAGCAGAAGAGAAAUACCGGAAGCUGAAGGAGGAUAUCAUACCCCCAACCAUUCCAUCUCCUACUUUUACACAUGAAUCCGUGAGUGCUGCUCUUGAAAUGUUGUCCACUAAAGAUCAGAUAAAUAACAGUGACUCAGAAAUCACACAGGAAGGAAGUAAAAAUACCAAACUGAGUGAUCAAUCAGACUUCUCCAUGCAGGUUUUGGUAUCAGAUACAACCCAAAGCAAUGCCAAAUCUCAGCAUGAGAAAACCGCUGUAGAUUCUACAGUUAUUUUGUCUACUAAAGAUCAAAUAGUAUCAAAUGAGACUACUAAGGUUGUCUUCAAUCAAAAGACUUCAUCCAUCUCAGCAGUUAGACAACAAGUGCAAACAACUACACAGAAAACUGUAACUGUAUCUUCUAAUCAGAUGGCACAAUCUGGCCAGACUGAUAUAGCCCAGACCUCUGUCCCUGAUGUAUCUGGCCAUGCAAAGAAAGAAACAAAAAUCCAUAAAUCUAAGAGUUCUAAUAAAUCAGAAGUUAAAAAAAAACCUGAAAUUGAAACAAAACAGGUACACGACAAUACUGAACCAAAAACAAUAAAUGUGUCUUCAACUAAGAGCCAAGAAAAUUUCUCAGAUCAGCAAACAGAAAAUGUAUCUUUUAAUGCGAAUGGAAAAGUGGGCAAACAAAACCAAAAGUCGAGAAAGAACAACAAACAAGAAAAGCCAACAGACACAAAAAAGUCCAAUGACAGUGAGAGGCAGAGUGUUUUACAAGACUUGAAAGUGGAAGCGAUUGAAGCUGCAGAGAUAAAACAGGAGAUAAAGAGAGAUAUUCCUUCCCCUGCAACACCUGUGACCAAUACUAUCAAUCAACCAGAAAUCCCAGCUCCAGCAAAAAAGAAGAAGAAAUCCAAAAAGUCUAAAGGGGCUGCACAGCAAGGUCAGGGUAAAGAAAAUGUCACUGAAUCAAAUGCAGAAACAAGGGGAGUAACAUCUGAAAUCACUCAACAAGCAUAUGAAACAAUUUCAGUCAACCAAAAUCACAAAAGUAUAAAAAAAGAGCACAUUCAAAUCAAGAGAGAGGUUAUUAACACUGACAGAAAAGAUGAUAAGAAGUCUAUGCAACAAAAAGCACUUCAAACACAAGGGAAGGGAUUUCAAAAGAAAGAAGUGACAGUUACUCAACAGAGCGCAAAGGAACAACCAAAAGAAAGCCGGGAUGUCCCAAUUACUAUGACAGGCAAGUCAGAACAAAAUGAACUUGUAAAAUCCACGACAGAAAGAACAAAGGGAUCUCAGAGACAUGACGUCCAAGUGUUAAUCUCUCAAAUCACAGAGAUACAAAGUAUUUCAGAGAAGACUCAUUCCAAAUCUAUAAAAAGUCUGUUAAACUCAGUGCCAGAUUGGCUCAUACCUCUGCAAAGGAAACACGAGCUGGAACAAAGUGCUGCUGAAAGCGAUGCUAAGACCAAUGAAGAAAUUCUUUUGAAUGUGAUGAAGCUUGCAGAAUCCAAACUGUUGGAUCUUGCAGAUGAAACACUAGACAAGCACAAAAGUGAGCCGAUGGCAGAGAAAGCAGGUUCUGCCCUGGUGGCACAAAGUAUAUCAAAAAUCAGUAUUGGUUCUGGCAAAAUUGAACACCAAACUCUGAAAAACACUUCACAUGACAGAGAAGAAGUGACUUUGUGCAAAUCUAUCGACCUUCGGGCUCCAUCACCUUUGCUCAGAAUGCAUCCUCCCUCUCCAACAUUUAUCACCAUCGAGUCCACACGAAGAACAGACUCACCACAAAGAGUGACUCGGUCACCCACCCUGCUCCAUAGGCCACCCACCCCUCCUACACCUCCACCACGCGGGUGUGACACCCCAACAUCACGCAUCACCAGAAUCACGCCCUCACCAACUUUUGAUAAGGCAGAAAAUUUGGCUCGGCUUAAAGAAACUACAGCAAAACUCUCUCGGGUUGUCACACCACCACCACCAAUACUCACCCAUGAAAUCACUGAAAAGAAAUCAGAGGUUGUGGAACUGCCUUCAACAUUUCAUCAGCAAAUCAAAACUGAUUUUCAAGUUAUGGAAACUUCAGGGACACUCAUUGGAUCACGGAACUCAAAUACAAGCAUUACACAAAACAGUUCAGAGAAUGAUGAUGUGCUACUACUCCAAAAAGAGCCAAAUGCUGCAGAUGAUUCAGAUGAUUCUGACAUAAUAUCUGCAUCUGUCAAAGAAAAGCGGGAGUUUUUUGAAGGGGCACAAAAAGCUGAGCUUAAUAAGAUCUUUGUACGCAAGGAGCCCAUCACUAUCACUGAAUGCCUGGGACCUGAUAUGGAGGAGUGUGAGGCUGAAAACAGGAACAGAGAAAAAGAUGAGUCUCCUAGGGCAGACUUGUCAAGCUUUGUAAACAAAAUCGAAUCCUCAGAAGAGAAGCUUUAUAGCAGAAAAGAGAUCAUCCCACCCGUUGAAUGCCUGCACAAUGACACAGAAAGCUCAGACUGUGAUAAAGAAAAAGCAGAUGUCCUACAACAAGAAAUGCUAGGUUUUAACAUCCAGGCGAUUAGAAAUGUUUUUGAACUGGGUGAGCAAAGUCCCUCAGUUACAGAGGAGAGAAAGGGUAAGGAGGAGCUUGUGUCAAGCUUGGGUGAAACAAGAGUAGACACUUCAAAGCUGGAAAGACCUCAUGAGACAAAAGGAGGCUCUAGGCAGAGCACCCCCCUCCCUUUUCUGAAAAAUGAUGCAGAAACAAUCCUGGCACAACCGUUUGCCCUUUCAGAAACCAAAACAAUCACAGAACAAUUCUCAAAUGUUGAUGAAUUUGGUAACAAGGUAACUGGAACAGUGACUGCUGUCACUCAGCACUCCGAGAGCGUCUCAACCCAGCGGGUCCCUUUUUCCUACGCCGAUGCUGUUAAAAGGAAAGCUGCCAGACGAGCAGAAACCUAUGAUGAGGAUGCCACGGAAAAACUGCUGAGGAAUUUCCAUAAAACAUGGACAGAGAGCGAGACAGUUUUCAAGAACCUUGGCUACACUGUUUCUGAAGAGACAUCUUCACAAGCUGUGUCACAUAAGACUGUCUCAAUGGAUUCGGAUUCCGAAGUCGGAGCUCUGCACGGUAUGUCGGAGGAGGGCUUAUCCGAUGGAUGCUCUGAUAGUGGACACAAAAAAGUACCAUAAAUCCUGUUUCUGCUGUGAACACUGCAGAAAUAAAUUAAGUUUGGGAAAUUACGUUUCUCUCCAUGGACAUUUUUACUGCCAACCUCAUUACAAACAACUUCUCAAAUCCAAAGGAAUCUACGACAACGGUCUUAGACAACAUCCUUCCGUGGAAAGCAGUAGCCCAAACUCCCAUGACAAUAAACCUGACUGGAGAUAUUCCUUGAACAGUGCAAAUUCAAUAGAUAAUCCCCAAAGAGGUGAAAACGAAAUGACAAAUACAAUUAACGAAAGCAAAUUACACCGCAGCAAAAUAACUGUAGUUUGGCCCCCUCAGGGUGAUCCACCAAAGAAAACCUUUAAAAUAGAGGAAGACAUUCAGCUAAUGAAACCACAGUGGCCCCCUCCGUACAGCUCCCCCAUGUCCCCCAAGCUCCAACACAGAAAGGCUGUUCCCAGAAGCGUCCUUUGAAAUGUAAUCUCCCACAUUCAGAGUUUAGUUAAAUAGUCAAAAAGGAAGAAUAAAAGAUUUAAUGGUAAAGUAAGACUGCUGUUGGUGCAGUUAAGAAAGUGUUUAGCCGAAGGUCAUUUAGUUAAGUAAUGUAAAAAUAAGAGAGCAACUGGCAGAAAUAGAAAGGGAAAUUGUGUAUAUAUUUGUAAAUUGUGAGAAAAAGCAGGAUGUAAUUGUAAGUGAAGGAAAAGUAGAUAAAAGUGCAGAGAGAAAGUGAAUAUAUGCCGGAUACAAUAUGCCUGAGCAGACAUGGAAAUUAUUCUGUGUGUCAUGUUGAAGUUCACUGCAGUGUUUGGUUGGUUUUUCCUGAUAGGCAGUAGUCCACUGAUAAACCAUUCAGUAUUUGACCCCAUACGACAAUCUUCUAUACAAUGAAUCAGUUUUGUUAAAAUAAAAUGUUAAUUAAGUUCACAACUUAGUUGAUUUCAAUCACCUGCAAGUCUAUGCAUUCUGAUCAUUACAAAACUAUAGUGAAAUAAAAAUCAGUUCAGUGCUGUUUUAUUCUAAAAUAAAUGAGUUAUUUUUUUUUUUUAUUUCAAUUAAUGAAUAUCAGAUCUAUAAAACAGCUUCGCUCUGUUUUCUUUAGUUUUGUAUUAUUUCGGCAGGUCCAUCUUUCAACAUAACAUUUUAAGCUUUGUUCUUUGCACCUGGUGUGCAGAUUAAUAAAAUCUUCUUAAAAUUGUCUUAUUUAUAAUAUAGAAAAUAUAUAAUAUAAUUGAGUUAAUUAAGACACUUGUAUCCUACUCUGAACAGAAUAUAUUUUACAUUGAAAAAAUUGUAUUUUUAGAAUAGACAGUGUACUGUCCUUCCUUUGUACAAGAAUAUUUCUGACUAUGUCCUGCUGUCAGGCUGCUUCAACUGAAAUAUCGCUGAUCAAAGGGCAAUAAAAUGCUAAAUCUUA